UACGUCUGCCAGCUGUAAUCGGGCUCUCAUACCCUUUACACGUGUCUCCCCGGUCCUCGAGUAGUUCACUACCGGUAGUGGCCGCCCCACACGUGCUCCCUCAACGCGCCUCUUUCGCCCAAUAACGAAAUAGAUCGAAAAUUGGGGGAGGGAAAUUGUGAAAACUUGGGAGAAUCGUUUGAAUGGAUAUUCAGAGUGCAGUGACAACUGCAGCUUUUUUUUUCACCCUUGUUGCAGGGUUGCCAAGGGUGAUGUGAAGAUAAUGGUGUACAUUGAAAAUUGGCACAAUUGUCUUAUCCACGAGGAUCUAAUGACGGCUGGCUACCUGUGAAAGGUGAAACUACAUUCACAUUUUGAGUGAAUACCAGAAUUGGUGUAACAGAAAAAUGCCUUACGAGGAAAACGGAAAAGCGGACAUGGAUCUAGAGGAUGUGGAGUUGAGCCCCCUUCAGCGAAGGACGCGUUUCCAUGUCAACCGGGUGGACAGCAUGGAGGGCAGGACGAGCCUUCUAGGCGAACAGGAGACCAAAAAAUCCCUCAGGCAUAUGACGCGCGAGGCUCUACCGCGGCUUGACAAUUAUCGGAAUAUUUUGAGCAUUCAGGCGGCGCAUAGACCUUCUCUGGAUGAAUUACAUAAUCCCACGUUCAAUCUUAAUAAGGGCCCUGGGACCAAUACGUUACCAUUGAACCACGAGAAACCGGCAGGGGGUGGAGUAAAGUUCGGAUGGAUUCAGGGAGUGCUGAUGAGAUGUCUCCUCAAUAUAUGGGGGGUAAUGCUAUUUCUGAGGCUGUCAUGGGUCGUCGCCGAGACGGGUGUUGGACAAGCCAUCCUAUUAAUCAUGACUACGACAGCCGUGACGACGAUAACAGCCCUAUCAAUGUCCGCAAUCAGUACAAAUGGCCUGAUUAAAGGGGGUGGAACGUACUACAUGAUCUCAAGAUCCCUCGGCCCGGAAUUCGGGGGCUCAAUAGGUCUGAUUUUUUCCCUGGCGAAUGCUGUCGCAUGUUCCAUGUACGUUGUUGGAUUCUGCGAGAGUCUCAUGGACCUGCUGAGACCCGGUGCGAACUGUCUGGUCGAUGAGUGUGGGCCCUGGGACAUCAGGAUUGUAGGUUGCAUGACAAUAGUGGUGCUUCUCGUAAUUGUCAUGAUUGGAAUGGAAUGGGAGGCGAAAGCCCAAUUGGGCCUUUUAGUAAUUCUACUGAUCGCACUUGUCGAUUUUAUAAUCGGCACUUUCAUCGGUCCGAAGAGCGAUCACGAGUAUGCCAAAGGAUUUAUAGGAUAUAACGCUAAUUUAUUCAGAAAAAAUUUUUGGCCUGACUAUCGACCGAAGGACGAUAAAGAGCAUCAUUUCUUCUCAGUGUUGGCGAUAUUUUUCCCGGCGGCUACAGGAAUUCUUGCCGGUGCUAAUAUUUCUGGAGAUUUAAAAGAUCCCCAGUCAGCAAUUCCCAAAGGAACUCUUCUGGCAAUUGCUCUGACGACUGCUUCAUACAUAAUGAUGGCGUUGAUGGUUGGUGGUGCAGUAAUGAGAGACGCUUCAGGGAAUUUAACAGAUUUAAUCCAGUAUGUAAACAGUUCCGAAGUUUUCCUCAACACCGCGGUACUCCUAAAUACUUCCAUGGUAGACAAUUCAACUCAUGAGAGUGCUAACGUCAUUACGAGGGAGUGGAGUAGCUACGGUACGUCGUUCAAUUGCACAGGUGGAUGCAAAUAUGGAAGUCAUAAUAGUUACCAAGUUGUUGAACUUGUCUCUGGGUUCGGGCCCUUCAUAUACGCGGGAUGUUUCGCUGCGACGUUGUCCAGCGCCCUGGCCUCCCUUGUUUCGGCGCCGAAAGUCUUCCAGGCCCUCUGCGAGGACCACUUGUACCCUGGCAUCCAAUGGUUCAGUGGAAAAAAGGGGAAGGAACCUGUGCGGGGGUAUCUACUGGCAUUCGUCAUCGCCGUUGGAUUCAUUCUAAUUGGUAACCUGGAUUCCAUUGCGCCAUUGAUCUCAAAUUUCUUCCUCGCUGCUUACACACUCAUAAAUUUCAGCACUUUUCACGCAUCCCUGGCUAAGCCCAUUGGCUGGCGGCCGACAUUCAAGUAUUAUAAUAUGUGGUUGAGUCUCGCUGGAUCGAUUCUCUGUGUUGCUGUUAUGUUCCUCAUCUCCUGGUGGACCGCCCUGAUCACAUUAUGCGCGGUAAUGGCGCUCUAUCUGGUGGUCGCCUACAGAAAACCAGAUGUUAAUUGGGGAUCAACAACUCAAGCGCAAACCUAUAACAGCGCUUUGACUGCUGUUCAACAACUAGACAGGGUAGAGGAGCACGUCAAGAAUUAUAGACCGCAGCUUAUGGUCCUCAGUGGACCCCCGAACAUCAGAUCGGCUCUCAUAGACUUUGCCCACCACAUCACGAAAAAUCAGAGUCUCUUAAUCUGCGGUCACAUCGUCGAGUCGUCAUUAUCCUACAAAACUCGAGCCACGAUGAUCGCAAAAAACACCGCCUGGUUGAAAAGCAACAGAAUGAAGGGCUUUUACGCCGUAGUGGACGGAGCGAAUUUCCAGGACGGCGCGACCUCCCUUCUGCAGUCCUCGGGGCUUGGCAAAUUAAAACCAAAUAUUCUAAUGAUGGGGUACAAGCAGGACUGGGCUACCUGCCCCGCAGAGACACGAGACAUGUACUUCAAUGUUAUGCACAAAGCAUUGGAUAUGCACAUCGCAGUGGCAAUUCUACGGUUGAGUGAGGGUCUUGACUGCAGUUCAGUUCUUAAUGAAGUUGAGGACCCGAAGAGGAGUGCAACAACAACAAUUCGAGGAAAUCAGAGUUUCUCGCAGCUGAGUCAAGCCAGCAGCUCGUCAGACAUUUCAAUGCCUGGAAGCCCCCAGCCCAGGAGAUCGAAAGUCAUAAAUGAAUCUCCAGACGCUUCCCCAGAGGAGCAAAAAGACCAGAAGCCCACAAUAGUGACAAUAUCAAAAGACAUUCUGGGAUCAGUCACGAAAUUCAAGAGAAAACAGAAGAAGGGAACCAUCGACGUCUGGUGGCUAUACGACGACGGUGGACUCACCCUCCUACUGCCCUACAUUAUCAGCACCAGGCGCAACUGGUCCAAUAGUAAACUACGGGUGUUUGCGCUUGCAAAUAAAAACUCGGAGCUGGAGUAUGAGCAGAGAAACAUGGCAAGCUUGCUGUCAAAAUUCAGGAUCGAUUACUCAGCCCUGAAGGUGAUCCCUGACGUCUCAAAGCCAGCUCAGGCCCCAACGAAGAACUUCUUCGAUCGCCUGAUAGCUGAUUUCCAGAGUUCAUCAACUGGUUCUGGCGAGGAUGGAACGAUCACCGAGUCCGAGCUCCUGGCAAUGAAUGAGAAAACCAACAGGCACCUGAGGCUGAGGGAGUUGCUAAUAGAGAACUCAAUGGAUGCCAAUCUUGUUGUCAUGACGCUUCCGAUGCCGAGGAAGGGCGCUGUGUCGGCUCCCCUGUACAUGGCCUGGCUGGAGACACUCACGCGAGACAUGCCACCCUUCCUACUAGUCCGGGGGAAUCACACCUCCGUUCUGACAUUCUACUCCUGAAGUAGAUGCCGAGAGGGUUCUAGACACAAAAUCUCUUUACCUGAUAAUAUACUAAAUGUAAUUUAUUCUCCGCCCAGUGAUCAGGCAUUAACUUAGCCCUUAUUAAUUCCACUUGAUUGGAUUGAGUGACAGUUGGCAGCACGACAGAUGUUUAUUUUUAUAAAAAUAAAGAAACAUUUUAGAUGAA